AAUAAGUUUUCGACAUGAGUGACAGAAAUAUGCCAAUAGACAACAGUGUUCACGAACUGAAGUUAGGCAGGAGUUUUGAUCCUUCCACCCGGGCAGCUUUUCAUUCAAUACGCUAUGACUUCAAACCAGCAUCAGUAGACACAGCACGAGAGGCAGUUUUUGAAGUUGGCGAAGGACACCAGGUGUCUGUUACAGUUCCACACGUACAGAAUUCAGGAACAAGCCAUACAGUGUACAAGGGCAACAAGAAGCCAUGUCCAAAGGAGUGUGUGUUGAUCAUCGACCAUGACACUGGAACAUUUACACUGGAGAAACUCACAAACACAAUACAGCUGAAGAAAACCAGAAUUGAAGGGUCAAGCCGCGCACAACAGCGACCUUUGACCCCUGUUGAAGUUGCUAAGCAACGACCUACAUCACCUUCAAGACCCAAGACCAACCAAAGAAGUCCCUCAUCUGUAAAAGGUUUCUCGCCAGUAUCCAACAGUCAGCAAGACAUGGAUAUAGUGAUGCCGGACGUGAAGGAGGCGAGCUACAUCGGGGAGAUCAGCAGCAGCAGUAGCUCCUCCAGCUCCAGCGAGGACAGCGACUCUGACAACGAAGCUCCCGCACAACACAACCCUGCUGGUCAGGUCCCACCCAGUAUGCCGAGCGUGCCUCCCUCCAACCAGUCCAACUCAGGGCGACAGUUCUCACUGAUAAAUGAUCUGGAAUUGAGUGAAUCAGGCAGUGACAGUGACUGAGAUAUGAACUAUCACCAUAGUGAUGACCUUCGAUGAUGACAAUAUCCGUUUCCAUGGUGAUGAUAAUGUGUGAGACAAGAUGUGUUUCUGUGGUAAUAUGUAUGAGUGAUUGUGAGAGAGAUUUUAAAAUUAUUGACUGCAAGUGAAAACUUUCUUUAUACUUGACACGCAUGACAUUUAAGUCAUGUGGGGCUGCUUAUGGGAUAAAAACUGGAGGGUGCCUAGAUACUGUGUAUUGAAAGAGAACGGUGCCUUAACACAGUCUAUUGGGUGAAGUGGAUGCUUUGAUACUCUUCAUAGGGAUAGGAGGCUGAUUAGAUCCCCUCUUUGAGAGAGAGGGUGCAUGGAUACUGCCUAUUGGGAGAGAAGUGGGUGCCUAGAUACUGUCAGUGUCAAUUGGGAGAGAAGAAGGUGCCUAGAUACUGUCAAAUGGAGAGUUGGUUGCUUAGAUCCCAUCUUUGGGAGGGACACUGUCUAUAGGGAGAGAGGUGGGUGCCUAGAUACUGUCAGUGUCAAUUGGGAGAGAAGGUGCCUAGAUCCCAUCUUUGGGAGAAGGUGGCUAGAUACUGUCUGUUGGGAGAGUUGGGUGCCUAGAUCCCAUCUUUGGGAGAGAUUCUGUCUAAAGGGAUAGGUGGGGACCUUGAUACUUUCUGUGAGGACAGAAGGAUGCCUAGAUACUAGGAACUAAAGUACUGUCGGAAAUAGAAAAAAAACUGUUUUUAGGCUGUUACUCUGUAUCCCUAAAAUAUACACAACUGCAAAUAGCAUAUGUGGAGAUAACCCA